CCUCCAAAUGCCUGCACUGACACAAGCUAAAUCACUAUAUAGUAAAAGUAAAAAGAAGGCCUAUCAAAUCACGUUGCUUUUAAAUCUUUUAAAAUCAAAACAUUGUUUUUCAAAGUCCCAUUGGUAUCACGGAACUGUUGUAUUUAACCCCAGUUUCCGACCGGAGAAUAAUAUUGGGAACACGAAAUGGCGACUUUCUUGCUUCGCAUAGGACGAUUGGGUUCUCUCAAGCGUCUCCAGUUGGAGAACUUGGGAAUCCUGAAGAGUUUCCCAGCUGCUUCGUUCUGCACCAAGACUGAAAAACCAGCAAAACCUGGGAAGAAGAUCAAGACUGCAGCAGAGGCUCCAGAUGAGAGAGCAAACCUGUUAGCCUACAAGACAGCAGUUGAAUUCCCAGUUAGACUUUCAGGGCUUGGAUGUUUCCCAGCACAGUCUGUAGAUGGAACGGGACCAGCGGUUGUCUCCACUGCAGAAAGCAUUGUAGCUGCACAAGCCGUCACUCCUGUCCCUGCUGCCAGUGAGCAAGUAGCUGCUGAACCAGCAGCCGACUCCGAUUCAGACUCUACCGACUCCGAUUCAGACUCUACCGACUCCGAUUCAGACUCUGACUCUGAGGAUGAGCAGGCACAGAUGAAGAAAGAAAUCAAGAGCUUUGCACCAGAGGCAGAACCCCAGAGGGUCACAGUCACAGAAGUAAAGGCAGGCACUAACGAAGCUCAGAAUGAAUAUGGGGCUCUUAUCACACCUGGUGUAGAAACACCAGCACCCUUAGGAGCAGCUCAAGCUACAGUGAAGGUACCCAGUGUUGGUUCUGAGAAGCUGGUGAAGUCGGGCCCUGAAAUCAUCGCCGCUUCAGAAAAUACUCGAGAGGUGACUGGGUCUGACGUUUCAGCCAAAACUGCUGCAGGAGUGAUAAAAGAUGCUGCAUUUCCUGUUGAUGCUCAAGUAGAAGCUCCGGGCGAAGCCGUUGGUGAGGCUGUAACUCUAAAAGACCCGAGGUCUUCAUCUGCUGAAGCUGCUGCUGUGGCUGGAGGCGAAGCUGGAGCAGAAGAUGCCCUUCCUGCUGUGGCUGAAGCUUCAGUCUGUGCAGGGAGCACCGAGGAGCAGAUGGACCUUGCUCCUAUUGUAACUGAAACUGCAGGAGAGGAACUGCAGACAGAGGAAGCUGCGGCUGCGCCUUUGGAGCCAGAAGAACCGUUUGAUAACAGCACUUACAAAAACUACCAGCACCACAGCUACAACCCCUACACAUUCGCAGACCUGGAUCUGCAGAUGGCCAAGUUUCGUCUCCCUCAGCCCUCCUCUGGCAAGCCGUCACCCAGGCACUAAAAAGAGCUGAUAGGACCAUAAGUUAUGGCUUAAAGAUGACAGUGAUGGCAGUGUGUCUUUUUUUUCAUUGUCCCCCUACUUCUGUUGUUUUUAAAGUAAAUCAUUAAAGUCCACACUUAAGAAUUGA